AUGGAUCUCCAGGAAUUGUUUACCAGCUGUAAAAUUGGAGACUUGGAGAAAAUAAAGAUGUUAGUGGAGCUGAAAGAUGUGGACAUCAAUGCACGUGAUAACUGGGAUAGUACACCUCUUUACUAUGCUUGUCUGUGUGGCCACAAAGAAAUUGUGAAAUUUCUUUUGGAAAGAGGUGCACGAUGUGAGGCCAAUACCUUUGAUGGUGAAAGAUGUCUGUAUGGUGCUCUGAACAAUGACAUCAGAAAUAUGCUGAAGUCUUUCCAUGUCAUUUCAUCAAAGAUCUUAAGAAGGGACAUUUAUGAAGAAUUCUUGAGAAGAUUAUUAGAGGAUGUGACAUUCUCAGAUGUUGUGUUUAUUGUCCAUGGGGAAUGUUUUCAUGCACAUCGGGCAGUUUUGUCUACACGCUCUUCAUACUUUGCUGAACUGCUUAAUAGCAAAUGGAAGAAUCGCAGAGAAAUUAAUCUCAACCACAAAUUAAUAUCACCCUGGGCUUUUAAAGCACUUUUGCAGCAUCUUUACACAGCCCAUUCUGAGAUCAAUAUAGAGCACAUAGAGGACUAUAUGCGACUUGCCCGUCAGUGUAAAUUACAUAACCUGAUGCAGACAAUUGAAAAGAGUUUGGAAAAGCUUUAUAAUUAUGCACGUACAAAACCAGGCAUCAUGAUUACAACCGUCAACGUGGAAUCAGAAUUUGAAUCAGAAAUUCUUCAAACUGAAUUGUUACAGCUAGCCAAUAUGGCACAACCUCCAGAGUUAAGUUCUUGGCCAAUUGGUGAGUUGCCAUUUGAGCCAGAAUAUGGGACACUCUUUGCUGAUGUUGGCUUCAUUGUUGAUGGUCAUCGAUUUCUUUGUCACAAAUGCUUUUUCUAUGCCAGAACCGACUAUUUCCGAGCGCUUUUAUCCGAUCACUUUGAUGAAAGUGAUAAAACCGAGGAAAUUCCUUUGAUAACACUACACGGAUUGUCUGCAGUCGUUUUCCAACAGAUCGUGUAUUACAUCUAUACAGAUAGUUGUGAGCUCACUUGUAUGAACGUGUAUGAGGUUCUUUGUUCUGCUGACCUUUAUUUACUUCCUGGCUUGAAGAGACAAUGUGCCGCUUUUGUUGCCAAAAACCUGGAAGUCAACCAAGUUAUCAAUGUUCUGAGGACCGCUCGUCUCUUCAAUUUGUACCGGUUACAGGACCAAUGUGCUGAAUUCAUUGCUGCUAAUCUAUACAAAGUGAUUCAACUUGAAGAAUUUACUGAAUUAGUCAUGGAAGAUGCAACCAAUGUGAAGGAACGUCAGGAUACAGACAGCAUUGAAAUUAUUGACAAUGUGCGAUAUUACCUGACCAACUUUAUGCAGACAUUCAGUGAAAUGCAAGAAGUCAGUGAAAAACUACAACUAAUUGAUAAUCUUUUAGAAGAGUUGAAUCUAGAGGGUUGA